AUGAGUGUUGAGCAAAGACAAGAAGAAUUGGCUAGAAGGCGUUCGAAUUAUAGACAAAAUAAAGACAAAGGAAAACAAGUUCAAACAUGUGAUCUUUCUGAUAUGAGAACCAUGAUGCCAUUUCAAGACUUGACAAAUGCCAAUUUUGCUUCUUGGUUUUAUCAAAGAGCACAUGACAAUGAAGUUGGACCGAGUACCACAUAUGCCAGUCGCAUUCCAUCCACGGAUCAAAAUUUUACAUACCCGAUUUUCCAACAAAAUGAUAACCCCGAAGCAAGAUCAUUUAUAAGAAAUAUUGAUGACAAUGAUUGUGAAUCAUAUUCGCAAAAUAUUAAUUCACCUGUUGAAACUCACGAAACACAAACAGUUUUUGAUCAAGAAUCAAGAUAUAUUUUUCAAGCAAGACAUAACAUUGCUAGAAAUUUUCGAAAUACUGUUAUGACAAUAAAAUCCCUACUUCCUACUUCGAGUGAGUGUAGACGAUGCAAUGCAAAAUUGUUUCAUAGAGAAUCUCAAGAUAUGUGUUGCAAAGGUGGAAAGGUGACAAUUUCACAAGUGCCUGCUCCUGACGAGUUGUUACAAUUAUUUUUAGACAGUUCUACUGAAGGCAGACAUUUUAGACAACAUAUUAGAAGUUACAACCAUGUAAUGUCGUUUACUUCACUAGGUGUUCAUGUCGACGAAAGUUUGGUUGCAACUGGUCGUGGUAUUUACACAUUUUGUCUUGCACUAGAGCCAAAUAUUGAACAAUGUAGGUUACUCAUUAAAGAAAGUCCAUCGAAUCAACCCCAAUAUAGUCUCCCUUCAGCUUCCCCAGUCACAACAAUUGUUAUAGGCGGUGGUGAUGAAGAUACAAUAGAACGUGGAAGAGAUAUAAAUGUCAUUAAUUGUGAUGGAAAGCUAACAAAGAUUCGUCAUAAUGAUCAAUUUGUAUUGUUAAAAUCGGGUCGACUUUUACAACAGUAUGUUGUAGACAAUUAUGUAAAGAUUGUGACAGGAAGGUUGAGAUGGAUCCGAAGAAAUCAAAAUAAUAUUCGGACUGAGGUAUAUCAGGGGUUACAAGAUGCAUUGCAUGAUGGGGAGAAUAACGCAGAUAAUAUCGGACAAAGAACAAUACUGCCAUCGUCAUUUAUUGGCAGUAAGCGAGAUAUGACACAGAGAUACCAAGAUGGUAUGGCCAUUGUUCUUAACAAUGGUAAACCAGACAUAUUCCUUACAAUGACAUGCAAUCCUUUUUGGAUUGAUAUAACUUCCAAACUAGGCCUCCACCAAACCCCAUAA